AUGGCUGACGAAAGAAAUGACAACCCCGACCAUGCGGCAGAGGAGAUGAAUCCGGGACGAGAGCUUUACCCUAUCUAUGAGGAACACGAAAUUGACUUCGAGGACAACGGGAAUAAUCCCGAGGAACAAGAGUACAUCGAAGCUCUGCUCUAUGAGGCAACUAUCAUGAUGGGGUUUCUAACUGAUACAACCACCGAGUAUAUGAAAGCAGCCAGCGUUUUCUUCUUCAGGAAUUUGUUUUCUUCUCAACAGCUGAUCAUUAACGAUCCUGCUUCAUAUACAGACCUGGGUGCGGCAAAAGUCUGGGAGCCGAUUUUGCAGUGUUGUCAGUCAUGAAACCUACUCUGAUGAUUUUGAUUCCAAAUGUUGCUACAUAUGCUGCAAUCGUCCUCUACACAUCGCACUUUACCUAGCUGCAAAUGCUUGCCAUACGUGUUUGUAACUGGAUUUAUCAAACAAACGCUUCUGCAGUGCGAGAAAAUCAGAUAUUUUAGUCCUCACAUUUAUCUCGUUACUAC